AGCUCCAGCGCUCCAGCCGGCAGCAGCAUCGGGCUAACAAGUCUUUGUGAGGAGAGAGAGAGAGAGAGAGAGAGAGAGAGAGAGAGAGAGAGAGAGAAAGAAAGGAAGGGGGGUACAGAGCAAGAGAGAAUCAGAUAGAGAGGGACUUGACAGUAUGAGCAUAGGAUGAGGGUGCAGAGGGAGAACGCAUGAGAUAGGGACAGAGGCAGAGGUGUUGUUCAGUGUUGCACAAUAGUGCAAGAGGCUGCUGAAAAGAAAGAGAGAGAGAGAGAGAGAGAGAAAGAGAGAGAGAGAAAGCAGGCAUCAUGGCAGCGCUCACUGCAUCAUCACGACACAUGGGGAUGUUUGGCUGCUGCUGGUGAACACUGUGUGAUGCAGAGGAGAGAGUCGAGGACUUCCUGGAAACCAAAGGCAAGCUGAGGAAACAGUUGCGGCCAGUGGGAGGAGCCACAUGAUGAGUGGGAUCCUGAAGAGGAAGCUUGAGGAGGGCCCGCCCCCUUACCUGUCACUGCAGGGCUCUGAUGAGGACGUGUCCUGCAGUGACAGCGGCAACAGCAGCGAUAGUCUCAACCAUCCGGUCCCCUCUGGGCUACUGGACUCCACUCUCCAGCAGCAAUCAAAGCGACUGCGGGGCCGCAACGUUCACUUUGAGAGCGUGACCGUCUACUACUUCAACCGUCGGCAGGGCUUCACCAGUGUGCCUACACAGGGCGGCAGCACCUUGGGGAUGUCACCGCGUCACAGCGGGGUGAAGCGCUUCAGCCUCAGGGAGUUUGCCAUGGAGCAGAAACGGAGCCACCGGAACAUGCUGAGGGAUCACCUCAAAGAGGAGAAACUCAAUGCCAUCAAACACAAACUGACUAAGAAUGGCACCGUGUCAUCUGUGGAGGCGGAUACCCUGACGCUGGAUGACAUCUCCGAAGACGACUUGGAUGUGGACAACACGGAGGUGGACGAUUACUUCUUCCUCCAACCUCUGACUACCAGGAGGCGCCGCGCCCUUCUCCGUACCUCGGGGGUCCGACGCAUUGAUGUAGAGGAGAAGCACGAGCUGCGUACCCUCCGCGUCUCCAGAGAGGAGUGUGGGUGCCGCUGCCGGGGGAUAUGCGACCCGGAGACCUGUGCUUGCAGCCUGGCCGGCAUUAAGUGCCAGGUAAAUGGAACUGUGGUGGACCGCAUGUCCUUCCCUUGUGGCUGCACCAAAGACGGCUGCAGCAACAACACGGGACGCCUGGAGUUCAACCCGGUCCGGGUCCGCACCCACUUUCUGCACACCAUCAUGAAGCUGGAGCUGGAGAAGAGCCGCGAGGAGCAGCAGCAGCAGCAGCCGGAGCCGCAGCUUGUAACCAAUGGCAACGGUUACCAUGGCGACUCCUCCUUGGUCCAGCAGCAGCAGCAGCAGCCGCCGAACUUGCAGUUCCCAUUGAUAAGUGGCACGUCACACAUUCCCAUCCUGCACCUCCAGAACACAGGCGACACCGAUUCACAUCUACAUGAAGAGGAGGAAGAAGAGGAGGAGGAGGAAGAUGAAGAGGAUGAGGAUGAUGAAGCAUAUGAGGAGGAUGAGGAUGGCAGCAGUGUUUGCAGUGGGCUGUCGGACUGCAGCACACACAGCUUAGACACAAUGGACCCCGAGGAAGAAGAAGAAGAAGAAGAAGAAGAAGAAGAAGAGGAGGAUGAGGAGGAUGAAGAAGACGAUGAAGACGAUGAGGAGGAAGAUGAUGAAGAGGAGGAAGAUUGGGGUUGCUCGUUGCACGGAACGAGUCCUCCGCCUUACUCGGUUCCACUUCCCUCUGUGCUGAGUUACUCUAACAUGAGCCUCGGUAACCCCUUUCACAACAACACUCCCUCCAUGCAGCGUUAUCAAACAGACGGCUCUGUGAAUGACACCCAUGUUUUCCUCAGUGAAAAUGUCCCUGUAACCCCGACACUCCCCACAGUAGAGACUGCAUUAGAGUCAGAAAUAAAACCAGAACUCCACCGCCAAACAGAACAGCAAAGCACUCCCUGCAUUUUCCCCAACCCCGCAGAGUCCCCGGCGCUCCAAACUUGCUUACAUGUAGACACCCAUGAGAGCAACACUGCCCCCGUGGGUGCAGCCGACAAACAGCCGCUCCCCACAGACCGCCAGAACAAUCCAGACCGCCGUGACUCACAGACAGAGGCUUCGACUGGGUCUGCGGCACAGACAAAGGGGGAAGCAAUGGAGCUGAUAAAGGAGCAGCCAGGACCACAAAAGCAGGGAGACGGCGAUCAAAUCACAGACACGUCAUGCUCAGACAGUACCUGAUGACUCAAAUGCUUUAGAGAGGCCUCAGUUAAUAAUUGGAAAUCUUUAGUCAAGAAUUGUGAGCUUCAAACAUCAGUUUGUUCUUGAUAAGUGCACUUCCAAAGAGAGAAUGAGUCACACAGGUUCAAAGAGGUGAUCUAAUUUUAACUCCAGUUGUCUCUAAACCUUUCUUGGGUUGUUGGUUUAGAUAAAGACUAUUAAAUAAAAACUUCAUUGACAAAGCUCAAUAAAACAAAAAAGUGUUUCUGUGUGUUACUUGUAAAUUUGUGGAGUAUCAUUUAUGCCCUCUUAUACAGUCUUUGAUCAUUACAGCAUGUUUCCUGGUUGUGAAUGGCAUCUAUGACAAAUCAAGAUUUUGAGGUGCAUUGUAUUGUUUCACUAUUUUGCAUUGUGCUGUCUCAUCAUUGCUGCUAAUCGUUCUUAAAUGCCUGUCUGUAUAGCAUGUGUUCAUUUUAGCUAAGAUGUUUCAAGGCUUUACACAAACUGUAAAAUGAUAAGUGAUGUCACUGGCAAAACACUGGUAUUUAUAUGAAUUACUGCCAACAUAAAUCUGUUCUAAUUCAUACUAAAGGUCUUUUUUGUUCCUUUUUGUGCUCAGAUCUUUGGUUUAGACUUGUAUAUCAAGUAAUGUCUGUACAAUAUUGAAAUAAUGUACAGACAUUCUUGUUCCGCACAGAAUGAGUUAUAAUACUUUGGGACAUCCCUUAAAGCAGCCAUAGUUUAUUAUUAACAAUGGAUCAUGACUACUUGUAUGCAAUCUCAGAAAUCAUUGGCUAUCAUUCUGACAAAAGACUCUACAACGGUGUAGCUAAUGGAUAUCGGAUAACAGAUAUCUGAACCAAGACUUCCUCUUCCAUGCGCCGGUCAUGUUUACAGUACGAGUCUAUGGCAUUUCGGCUAAUAUCUAUAAACAGAUAUCUGCAUAUGAAUAAUAAAUAUAUAAAAGAUAAAUACAUAACCAGUCCAUCACCAAAUGGCAGACAAUAGUGGCACCUAGCUGGUGAUCAUGGUGCAUUUAGCAGCUAAAGAGCCAGAUAUUUCCCUCAGGAGUUGGUGGAGACCAAAAACAGAGGUAAAAGGGGAAUGAAUAUUGGACUUACAUUCAUCAGGUGGACAGAGACAUGAUUCUCAUGGAAUGCUAAUGUUGCUCAGUGUCUGCUGGAUGUGUAAAAAGGCACCUGUUUGCUAAUGUGUUAGCCAUAUCAACUCAGACUGUGAUGGUAUGUCAGUAUUGUGUCUACAGCUUAUUUCAGAUGUCUCCAAGUAGCCCAAAAAAUCAAAAGUUUAACUUUUCAUCUAGCGCCAUUAUAAGGGCAACAUUGUGUCAACUUUGUCCCAUACUUUAUUUUUGACCAAAUAUCUGCAAAACUAAUGAUGUUCCUAUCAACCCUAGCUGUACUUUGUGUUUAGUGCUAGUGAGCAGAUGUUAAACAUGCUAAAUUAAGAUAAUGAACAAUAACAUCAGCUUGUUAACAAUGCCAUUGUGAGCUUGUUAGCAGGCUGACAUUAGCAUUUAGCUCAAGACACCGUUGCUCCUAUCUACCGUCCAUACAGCCUCAUCGGUCUGCUGGUAUGGUGACUCUUAGUGUUGUUUAAUCCUACAGAAGAAAAGAAUCUCAAGCACAUGUUUCAACAAGUAAACUAUAGUGUACUGUAAUGUGAACAUGUGAAAAUGCUGACAUCAUCACUAUAGAAUGAUGCCAAAUCGUCUAGCCUUCUUCUGGCCUUCUAGAUAAUACAAUUCUGUUUCAUAUAAUCUGCCUUAAACACAUGAUUUGUCGGUGCAUGUUAUUUAUCAUUUUACAGUGUUGUGAACAGUGUGGUAAAACUGCACUUUUUCAGUUAUGAGAUAGGCUUGUUAGUGUAAUAAUCUUUUUCUCUCAAUACUGCCAAAACUGGGGGCCAAAUAUAUUUCAUUUUCUUUUUGAAAAAACUGUACAUUUCAAUGAGUGUGAAUAAAAACUUUUUU